AGGAACGCGGCUCCAUCCCUUGUCAGCCUCUGUCUCUGUGUGGUGAGAAGGCGCACUGGCUCGUGCCUGCGCGAAACUCGCGCACACAGAAAAGACCAAUCAAGGACGGGUCAUUCCCUCCCCCCGCGCGCCUUUUGCGACCGCCCACUCGACAGGUUGACAACCUAGACAGCUCCCCCGGACUUGCCUUACUUUUCCAUCUCCUCCCACCCAGCUACACCCUCCCACUGGCGGCGCGGAUGGGACGCCGGCGGAGCCAGCGAGUCUGCGCGAGCGGUCCGAGCAUGCUCACUAGCGCGCGCGGCGCCCCGGAGCUUCUCCGCGGAACCGCGACCAACGCGGAGGUCUCGGCGGUUGCUGCGGGAGCCACAGGAAGUGAAGAGCUUCCGCCGGGAGACCGCGGCUGCAGGAACGGAGGCGGAAGGGGCCCUGCGGCGACGACGUCGUCGACGGGGGUGGCCGUGGGAGCUGAGCACGGAGAAGACUCCCUGUCUCGGAAGCCGGAUCCCGAGCCGGGCAGUAUGGAUCACCACCAGCCGGGGACUGGGCGCUACCAGGUGCUUCUUAAUGAAGAGGAUAACUCAGAAUCAUCGGCUAUAGAGCAGCCAUCUACUUCAAACCCAGCACCGCAGAUUGUGCAGGCUGCAUCUUCAGCACCAGCACUUGAAACUGACUCUUCCCCUCCACCGUAUAGUAGUAUUACUGUGGAAGUACCUACAACUUCAGAUACAGAAGUUUAUGGUGAGUUUUAUCCUGUGCCACCUCCCUAUAGCGUUGCUACCUCUCUUCCUACAUACGAUGAAGCUGAGAAGGCUAAAGCUGCUGCAAUGGCAGCUGCAGCAGCAGAAACAUCUCAAAGAAUUCAGGAGGAAGAGUGUCCACCAAGAGAUGACUUCAGUGAUGCAGACCAGCUCAGAGUGGGGAAUGAUGGCAUUUUCAUGCUGGCAUUUUUCAUGGCAUUUAUUUUCAACUGGCUUGGAUUUUGUUUAUCCUUCUGUAUCACCAAUACCAUAGCUGGAAGGUAUGGUGCUAUCUGCGGAUUUGGCCUUUCCUUGAUCAAAUGGAUCCUUAUUGUCAGGUUUUCUGAUUAUUUUACUGGAUAUUUCAAUGGACAGUAUUGGCUUUGGUGGAUAUUUCUUGUACUUGGCCUGCUCCUUUUCUUCAGAGGAUUUGUUAAUUAUCUAAAAGUCAGAAACAUGUCUGAAAGUAUGGCAGCUGCUCAUAGAACAAGGUAUUUCUUCUUAUUAUAGAGGUAAGAAAUAUUAAUCUGUGAACUCUGCCUAUUCACUUUAUGUAUUCAAAUUUACCAGAUACAUAUUAAAUGCCUAAUGUGUAUUCAUGAUUUUUACUGUUAGCAUAUUUAAUGUUUUUUAAUACCGCUAACAGUCAGCUUAUUGAAAUUUAAUAAGUCAGACCUUUUUAGAUAACUUUUAGAUUUUUAAAAUUGAAUUUCAUAAAUUUUAAUUUUUAAAAUAUAUAGCAAGUCAACUGAAAUUUUAAAUCAGACUUUUAAAACUUCUCUUUAAAGAUUAACCAUAGAAUGUAUGUGAAGUAACCACCAGCACAAAAUUUGAAGGCUUGAAAAACAAAAUAUGACAUAGUACUUAGACCAAAGGAAUGGGCAUUUUUGUGUAAAACAAUGUGAAAUUCAAUUAGACAUCUGGUGGAGAAAAAGUCUGAUUGAAAAACAAUUUGUCUUGCAAUCCUUUUAACAGUCCGGAUCAAGGAAUAAAAGUCAUGUGAAGAAAAUGGUUCUGUUAUUGUUUUCUUAAUGUGUGCUGGUUUUUAUCAACUAUGAAGGCUACAACUUGAAUAUGAAGAAAUGAGUAGAAGUUGUCUUACUAGUUAUCCAGUGAAUUUCUGGAGGCCGUGGAUAUAGCAGUAGUAUUUCUUUAUUGUUCAGCGGGAGUAUCUUCACAUAAAGUAACCUCAUACUCUCUAUUCUACUUUUUAAAGCAAGUACCAUAUACUUUAUGCCUAUGAAUAAGGUAAACUUAUAAAGCAUUUGAACUCUAUAACCAAAAUGUUUACUAGUACUUAACUUCUGAAUGUAGGACUAUAAGGAACAAAGUGUUUCAAGUUUAAAACUAAGUAUUCUUUUUUAAAAUAGAUAAGUAUUCUUUUUUCAAGUAAAUAAAUUGUAUGCUUUGUGAUUUGGUUGCUUACAUUUUAUCAUUUAUAUAAGUUAUACAUAAGCUUAUAUAAUUUACUUAUUUCUGCUAGAGUACUAUGAAUACACUUGUAUUUCUAGAUCAUGUUAAAGUAUCAUUUUAAGUGUUCUAUUAAAGUCUCCCCCAACCACCCCCAAAGAAGUCGCUUUUUUAUUUUAACAAGCAAAAUAUCUUUGCAGACAGUGGCGUUAAGAGUUUGUCAGUAUUAAUAAUAAGAUUAAAAGGCAAAGUAAUUUUGCUGUUUUACUAAUUUGUGUGAUUGUCUUCUAUGCAUUUUGAAGAGUCUAAAAUACAAUGCAAAUAUGUUCUAGAUGAAAAUCUGCUAUAGAAGCCUUACACUUUAGAAUAUAUUCUGAUAUGUAGACUUUUAUCAAGAGAAUAUUAUAUACUUAAUAUAAUUCUUCUAUAAAAUGUGUGCUGAUUUAAAGACAACUUAAUACAUUUUAAGACUAAUUCCUUCUUUGUCUCCAGACUGCAUCAACCCGACAUUCCUUUCUUAUACCAAUGUGAAAUUUCCAGAUCAUCUGUAAACCUACAACUUUAAUAGAAGACUACUAAUAACAGAAGACAAAUUAGUGAAGAAAAGACGGAGCUUCGAAAUUGAAUGGCAGGGUGGUUUAUGCUUACAAGCCAUUUCUGUUCAUUCUUUAAGUAUCUAUAUUUCAUUUGUUUUGCACAUAUGCAUAUGUGCCCAUUUAAGAUAUUUGCAUAUACUUGAUAAAAACCAUAAAGUUGUAGCAGUUAAGUCCAGUCACAUUUGGUUAAUCAGUGUUUGAUAUAAUUGAAAGAGUUGAGUGGAUAAACAGUCUUCCAGCUUGUAAAUGCCAUUGACUUCUGACCUGACAUUUAGUAUCAUAAAAAUGAAAUUAUUAACCAUGUCAAAUGAUUUAGUUUCUGGCUCUCAGACUCAUCUGGCAAUUCUAUACAUGAAACAUCUUUUGUUAUAUAAGGUGUAUUGAAACCUGCAGUGCUGAUUAUUAGGAAGGAUUUGUCAGAUUUUUGAACGUAUUUACAUUAUUAUUUAGGAAAACUUUUCCUGUAAAUAACCAUGCAUAACUUACUUUCUGCAGUGUUUUCUGAGAAAUUGUGUCCAGAUAGCUUUCACUGAUUUUAAAUUAAGUGAACUAAAUAUAUAUGUGUAUAUGUAUACAUAUAUAUACACACACACACACACACACAUAUAUUUAGAAACCUGAGUGUUAAAGAUAGAAUUUGUUUUAGGACAAAUUUUAAGAAAAUGUGGGAAUACCAAAUGUCCUUUGUAAGAAAAAUAAUUUUUUUAAGGGACAUACUAGUUUUAGGGAUUUUCAGAUGAGAAGCUGGGUUUUUAGGAUUGCCCGUCUUAGAGAUUCUUGCAGGAAGAGAUUGUAUUAGAUAUUAUAUUUAUUUCAUUUAAGAUAAUUUUGAAAGUUGAUUUUCUAAAUAAGAUAAUUCUCAUUUGUGUUUGUCUUUUAAAAAGCCAAUAAAAUAUCUUUCAGUAUCAUUGUAAUAAUUUUUUUAGAGUUUACUUUGUAAAGCUUAGCAAAUAAAAUCUUGUACUAUUAAUAGCUUCUUGCUUUAUGACUUUAGGAUUAACUUGUAAAAAACAUAUACUGAACUGAGAUAUGCAAAACACUCAUUUUCAAGUUAUGGAAAUGUGUUUGUGGCAUAUAGGACUGUGGGGUCUGUGUGUGUAGUGAGAGUGUGUAGCCACUAUUAUAACUGGAAUUUAAUUUACAUCCAUAAACUACUAUAUUUCCAUCUUGGAAAUCAUUUUAUGUCUCAUCUGUUUUUCCUUUCGGUUAUAUCUUUGGUUUUGAAUACCAACAUUUAAAAUGAUGGUAUUUUAUCUUUUAAACUUAAAAAUUAUUUAAUACAGCUAUAUGGACCGUAAAAAAUUGAUUUCUUAUUUAUUAUUAGACAUUACUACUAAAAGGUACAUCUAACUAUUCAGGGACAUUUUUCCAUUUCCAAAAAAUAAAAUUUAUUAUGCUUUAUAACCUCUUCUGUAUUUUCUAAUUUUUUCAUUGUCUUUGAUAAAUAAAACAUAGUUUUGUUUUGCUAA